AAAUUUGCGCAAUCUCGCCUCUGUCUGUUCCGGAACGCUGUACCUCAUCCACGGCUCUCUCCCUACUUCCCGUUUCCUGUUGAACUCGUAGCCGAUGGCACCCAUUCGACGAACCCCUACGCCGGAGCAAACUUCGAUCGAGGAUCCUGACACGGCUGCCGCGCGCAAAGAAUUGAGACAGACGGUCAUAUCUGAUAAGCCAGACUUAUCUGUGAUGUCUACCGCGGCCAUUGACCCCGCGCCUAAGGCUGCCACCAGCGAUGAUAAGGCAUCAAGCACGGGUUCUACGCCCGACCGGGAGACCCUUCAAGCCCGGUCGGAUGGAUGGAAGGAAAAGAUUCAAUCCCCCAAGAAGAAGCGCGCACAUGACGAAGUGGACGAGCCCAAAGACGUACCUGCGACUACGAACGGUGGCAUUUCUCCAAUUGGCACGGAGUCUGGUGCGUCGCUGGGGCGGACCGACCGAUCUGAACCGGAGAAGAAGCGACCGCGUGAUGUCUCGAGCGAGAUCAAGGCGAAAUUAGAAAAGUUUCCUGUGCGACCACCUAGCUCGCCUCCACCCCCUUUCCCGUCAGAAUUUACAACUGAUCGUACUCAGGUUUCCUCCGAACCCGUCGAGUCCACCGAGUCGGCCCAGGCUAGCGAUAAGGUGGAUAAACCGGCUGGCGAGGAACCAACAAAGGCAACGAGCCCCGACGACCCCGCAAACGAGAAGAAAACCACAUCUGCCUCCGCAUUUAACAACUCGAUAUUAGCGGGAUUCGCUACCCAGACGUCGCCGUUUCUCCAGGCCGGCGCAAAGCUCUUGUCAUCCUUUGCCAGCCCGUCCGGUUCUAAAUCGCCAUUCGGCACCGCCGGCACAACACCUACACUGUCUGCUUUUGGUAGUGCCAGCCUAUCUAACGCGCCCUCGCCGUUUGGCCAGGUAGGGGCAUCGAAACCCUUUGGGAGCAGUGCUUUUGGUGGGACCUUUGGGGGUGGCGCCGGCGCCCCUACGCUCACUAGUUUCGGAAACCCUGGUGAAAUACUCAAGAGCAGCAAGCCAGCUAAACCAUUCGGAGCGCCCGCGAGCGAGGACGAAGACGACACCGGUGGCGACGACAAUAAUUAUGAAGAAGUUGAUGGCGAUGAAGACAACGAGACUCGGGAUGAGAAGUCGGCUGUAGUAGACGACAAGAAGAAACCCAAGCUCCAUCGGGUAGUUGUUGACGACGGAGAGGCUGGUGAGGCCACUAUCCUCCAAGUCCAUGCUAAAAUAUACCACCUGGACAAGGCUAGCAGCUCCUGGAAAGAGCGGGGAGCCGGUAACCUAAAGAUCAACGUACCCCAGGCCUGUGUUGACGUUGACGAAGAGAGUGGUGCGCCAAUCCCUGGUAGUUUCGAUGCAUCUGCUUUGGAGGACGCCGAGUCUAAGGUUGUCCGUUUGGUGAUGCGACAAGAUUCGACACACCGAGUCAUUCUUAACACUGCUGUGAUCCCUGCUAUGCGUUUUCAGGAGAAAUCCACUGUCAAGGCAACUUGUGUGCUUUUCACUGCUAUAGAAGAUGACGGUGCUGUCAGUAUUCAAAUAAAGAUGAACGCGGCUAAUGCUAAGAGCUUCCUGAACGAAGUGGGCAAAAUCCAGCGCGAGCUUCAGUCAGCUUAGGAAGCUGCUGCUAACAUUGCUAACUGUGAUAAAAUCAUCUUGCAACCUGCAUAAUUCGGUGUCUUUCUGCGACCUAUCCUGCC